AUCCAAAUAGUUUAAUCUUUCUAAAUUUAACAAUAUAUCGAAUUUUGCUAUUUUUUUAUAUAAAUUCGAAUAUCAGCCAAUUGAUCUAAAAGCAAUCAUGGUGAAGAUGCAACGCGAGGACAUGUUCUCCAAGGAGGCGGCUCUGAAGAACCAGGCCAAGCGCGAGCUGGCCAACGGACUCGAGAAGGCUUCGCUAGACAAACUGCGUCUGCAGUGCUUCAGCCGCGGCGCCACAGGCAUCUUGGGACUUGCCAGAGCUUUCCGUGUAAUGGAUGACGAUGGCAGCAAGACCCUCAGUCUGGAGGAAUUCAAGAAGGGCGUCAACGAUAUGGGCUUCGAAUUCAAUGAAUCUGACAUUGAGGAAUUGUUCAAAAGCUUUGACACCGAUGAAAAUGGCUCCAUUAACAUGACCGAAUUUCUCAUGAAACUGCGCCCCCCCAUGGGCACAUGUCGCCUUAAUAUCAUCGACAAAUGCUUCGACAAGCUGGACACCAAUUCCGAUGGCCAAAUCACAAUUGAGGACCUGAAGCACGCCUACUCUGUGCAGGAUCAUCCCAAGUACUUGAGCGGCGAGCUGAGUGAGGAUGAAAUCAUGACUGCGUUCCUAAAGAACUUCGAGGCUGGUGCACCCAAUCCGGAUGGCAUCGUUACCAAGGCAGAGUUCAUCAACUAUUAUGCCUCGAUCAGCGCCUCGAUCGACAAUGAUGCUUACUUCGAUUUGGUGUUGCGACGUGCCUAUAAACUUUAAUACCUUUUUCAUUUUUAUAGUAUUGAUAUACAUAUGGAAGUGCGAUCUAAGCUCAUACGAUUCCAAUCGACGGCUAUUUAACGCUAACUAUAUUCCAUACUGAACAAAAAAUUCAAAAAUAUUUCAAAAAAAAUUUCUGUUGAUUAGUAAAAAAGCUCUACGCUAGUCUAAUGCUA